AUGGUCGCCAAUCGAAGGCAUGUUCACUUUUUCAGUCAUGAAACUAAUAAGGUAACUAAAGGGUCUCGAAAAAGUUCUUGCCAUUCCUCGUUUUGUAAAGAAAGUUCUUGCCAUUUUUUGUUUUGUAAAGAAAGUUCUUACCAUUUUUGUUUUGUAAAGAAAGUUCUUGCCAUUUUUGUUUUGUAAAGAAAGUUCUUGCCAUUUUUUAUUUUGACAUUCUAUUUUGACCACUACAUAGUAUUAUUUACUAUAGUAAAAGUGACAUUUCAGUCACAUUUUACUGUUUUAUCUUUUUCAAAUCUUCUUUCUGUGCUGGACAUACUAAAGUGUAAAUAAAAGAUACGACAAUAGAAAGGAAGUACGUAGUUGUUUUGGAAAUGUCUACAACUUAUGUUUUGAACUGAGAAAAGUGAAAAAUACCGAAAACCGGAGGCGAAAAUGACUUUUUUAAAGUUACAGUGAGGCAAAGAGCGCGCAGGCUGCGCUUUGAGUUGCGCAGGCUGCGUUUUACACACUGCAGGCUGCGCUUCCAUUUGCGCAGACUGCGCAUUCAGAACGAGUCACGGCACGGUAGUGUAAGAUAGGGUAGGGUAGGGCGGGUUAAAUUAAAAAAGCAUAGAGUGGAGCAAUGUACGGUUGACCAAGAUCGAGUUGAGCAAGAUAAAGUAGACCAUGGUACGGUAGGGUAAGGUAGGUGAAGACAGUGCAAAACAGGAUAGAGUAAGUGAGAUAUGGUAUGGUACAGGAGGGUAGGGUAGAGUUGGGUAAGGUAGGGUAGGGUAGGGUAGGGUAGCUCCUAAGUACAAAAUUUUAAAAAAUGUUAAAAUUUAAAUUUUUUUUUAAAAUUUUUAAAUUAAAAAAAAAUUUUUUUUUGUUAAAACUUAUAAAAAAUGAUAAAACUUACAAUACUUGACCUUCUAAGACAGUAUUUGUCAGUUUUACAUACUUCCGCCUCCAGGGAGAAGCUCUUUUUGAAGGCGAAAAAGCUUUAUCAAAGAAUGUAACGACAAGGAAAUGAAAUGUCAAAACGACGCGUUUGAUAAAGUAGAACAACGAAAAAUACAUGUGCUAGUUGAAUAUAAGACAUAAGGCUUGAGUAUGAUGGCUUGGUUGUUGUUUUUUACUACAGUCAACAAAAGUUACAGCGCUUUUUUGGCGUUUUUUUUGAGUUUUUUGGCUAUUAUAAGGCUGUUGAUAACGUAGGCCCUUGACUUUGCCACUGUUUAUCUUGGAUGAUUUUUACCAAAAUUAAACAUGUGUUUAUCGUAAGUUGUAACAUCAUUUUAAAAAUGUCGUAUCAAGGAAUGAGGGGAUUCUACAGUUUGGUUUCAAAGUUACUGCAAGUUUUCUAAAUUUUUGGUUUUUUUGGUGAAGUAGUUGGGCAUGAUUAAUAUGUGAUAUCUUUAAAAGUAAUAGGGUGUAUUAAAAAUGGCUUAACAGUAUGUCGUGACAUGGCUUUAGCUACAACGCGACCUAUUUUUGUCAGAUUUUGAAAAAAGUUUAAAAAUUUAUGGCAGCAUUUUUAAAAAUAGUCAACAUUUUUAGAUGUAGGUAAUGUACUUUGAUGCCCCAUAUCUAAAAACAUAGCGUACAAACUGUAAAAAAAAUUUAGUACCACUAGUACCAUGGCAUUACAAAAAUUAUACCAAAAUUUCACAAAAUUUGAAAAAAUUUUAAAAAAGAUACAGCAAAUUUUUCAAAAUUUUUUAGGUUUUUCAACUAUAUUGUUUUAGGUCAAGCCCUACAUUCUGCACUUUAUAAUGGUGUUAGGUGUAACAGCAUAUGUCAUUUUGGGCGCAUAUACGAUACGACAUAUUGAAGCGACUAAAACUGGGUUUAUCACUAAACACGACAGGAUUAUGGAGAAUGUUGGUAGGAGGCAUCAUGAACAACAAGUUCAAUAUGAGAAACCGAUUACUGAACGGGUCAAGAGAAAAACUAAUUGUAAGUGAUUUAGGGGCUGUUUUUAGUAUUUUUAAAAGCUUGGGCAUGGCAAAAAGAAUUUUUUUGGGGGGGGGGGGGGGAAAAAAAAAUUUUUUGGGUGGAGCGAAGUAAAAAACGUUUUUGGGUAGGGCGAGGUAAAAAAAAAUUUUUUUGGGUGGGGCGGUGUAAAAAAAUUUUUUUGAGUAGGACGAGAUAAAAAAAAUUUUUUUGGGUAUGGCGUGGCAAAAAAACAUUUUUGGGGGAGGGCAGAGUAAAAAAAAUUUUUUUUUCAAAAAUGAGUAAGAAUGUCAUUUCAGUGCACCGAGCCCGAAAAUGUGUCCAGCUAGCGAUGAGGCGGUUGGCUAGCGGAGAAUGUGACCCAAAUGGCCUAGUCGAUCCAAAUCAUCCAGUAUUUAUUGAACUUGAUGAAUGUUACAAGCGAGAUGUCACUGAGAAAGUGAAAAGAGCCAUGAUUGAUGCGGAGGUCGAAAAUGAAAAUUUUAAAUGUAACUUUUGGCAUAUUUUUUAUAUUUUUGGUCAUUAUGACAUACUUUUUUUAAUUUUUAAAUUUUUUUUAUUUUUAAAAUUUUAGUGCAACAACAGCAACUUCGCAACACAACAACAACAGAAUGGGAGUAUUGGUCCUUAAAAGACUCAAUUCUCUUUUGUUUUACAGUAAUAACCACCAUUGGGUAUGGUAAUGUGGCUCCACAGACCUUUAAUGGCCAGUUGUUUGUUAUCAUUUAUGGUUUGAUUGGAGUGCCAUUUGCUAUGUUAGUUAUUGCCAAUUUGGGUAAAUUCUUGGCCGAACUCUUGAAGUGUAUCAACAAGAAAAUGUACAAGUGCGCUAGGUAAGUAGCUUACUCUAACUUGUCCUACUCUACGUGGGGGGACCCUACCCUAUCUUAUCCUACCCUACCCUACCCUACCCUACCCUACCCUACCCUACCCUACCCUACCCUACCCUACCCUACCCUACCCUACCCUACCCUAUCUUAUCCUACCCUACCCUACCCCUACCCUACCCUACCCUACCCUACCCUACCCUACCCAAUCCUACCCUACCCUACCCUACCCUACCCUACCCUACCCUACCCUACCCUACCCUACCCUACCCUACCCUACCCUACCCUACCCUGCCCUACCCUACCCUACCCUACCCUACCCUACCCUACCGUACCCUAUCUUACCUUACCCUACCCUACCCUACCCUACCCUACCCUACCCUACCCUACUCUACCCUACUUUACCCUACCCUACCCUACCCCUACCCUACCCUACCCUACCCUACCCUACCCUACCCUACCCUACCCUACCCUACCCUACCCUACCCUACCCUACCCUACCCUACCCUACCCUACCCUAUCCUACCCUACCCUACCCUACCCUACCCUACCCUACCCUACUCUACCUUACCCUACCCUACCCUACCCUACUCUACCCUACCCUACCCUACCCUACCCUACCUUACCCUACCCUACCCUACCCUACCCUACCCUACUCUACCCUACCCUACCCUACCCUACCCUACCCUACCCUACUCUACCCUACAGUACUGUGCCCUAACUUCUCUACUGUAACCGCAAUCCCAAUUUUACAUCAAUCCCUGUCGAUACUGUAGCCUACUGUACCCUAACUUCUCUACAGUGUCCUACUGUUCUCUAACUUUUCUACUGUAUUUUAUCUUACCAUACCUUACUCUACUGUAUCCUACUGUACCCUAACUUCUCUACAGUAGCCUGCUGUACUCUAAGUUCUCUACUGUAUCCUACUGCACCUAAACGUUCCUACUAUAACCGCAACCUCAGUACCCCUUUCCUUUUUUGAUACUGUAUCUUACCCUACCCACCUUACUGUAAUCUUAUCCUUUAGUGCUGACUAAACUUCUUAAACUACUGUAAGCCCUACUUUUCUAUGCUGUUACUAUACUCUGGCCUACCUUUGCUUUGCUCUAGCUUCACCAUUGCCUCAUCCUUUUUCUGACCUACAUCUUCUGGGCCUGCCCUACCUUAAUUUUUAUUUUUAAUCACUUUUCUAUCAAUAUGCCAUUUUACUUAAAAUUGUUACGGUAUGUAACCUUACCCAAUACCAUUCUACUUUCAGCACAUUUAUCUGCUGCCGUGCCCAGUCCAAGCAAGCGUUAUUGCCUAAAAUCGAUGAAAAUGCUAAUGAAUUUUCGGAAAUCCCAGAAGAGUCAGUCCAAAGUGGUGCCAUUGGUCUACUAGUCGCAUUCAUCAUCUACAACAUCCUCGGCUCUAUCAUAAUAUCAACGUACGAGCCGGAGAUGGACUUCUUCAAAGCCAUCUACUUCAAUUUUGUCACUCUCACCACCAUCGGCCUCGGUGACAUUAUACCACAGUCGGGAGAGUACCUGGCCUUCACCUUGGUGUAUGUCGCAUUAGGUUUGGCACUAACGUCGAUAGCCAUUGAGAUUGCGGCCGACUACCUCAAGAAGCUGCAUUACUUCGGGCGAAAGAUCGAUAACGUCGCUCAGGUCACGAUCUGGUUCGGGUCGCAGAAGUUGACCAUGAAGCAGUUGGUCAGGAAUCUGGGAGAUCAGUUCAAUUUACCGGUAAAUGAGAUGGAUGAGCUGAAUUUGGAAAAGUUUGUGGAUGACGCGAUCAAGGUGGAGACGGGCGAGAUCGAGACUUUGAGGGUAGGUCACAGUAAUAGGUAGUACUAUAUAGUACUAUAGAGUACUGUGGUACUAUAUAGUACAAUAACUUAUUAUACAGCUUUAUAUCGUACCAUUUUACGUUAAUCUACUAUAUAUAGUACUAUAUAGUACCAUACAGUUCAUGGUACUAUAUAGUACUAUGUAGAAGUAAAGAUUAUUUUAGUACUAUAUAGUAUUAGUUUUAUACUGUGCUGCUCGUUUUCUAAUCAAAAAACAACUCUAAAAGCCAGUAAAUCACCCUGUAGAUUGAUUAAAACCCCCAAAAAUGAAAUAAAAAAAAAGUGGAAGUUGAGUGGAAGAUUUGUAAUGUAAUUUGCACUGAAAAUCUUCCACGCAACUUCUACUUUCAAAAUGACUUAAAAUUGCUUAAAAACACGUUUUUGACACUUUUUGAAAGUGGAAGAUAGGUGGAAGAUUUUCAGUGCAAUAUACAUUACAAAUCUUCCACUUAACUUCCACCUUUAAAAAGUACUAAAAACGUGUUUUUAGGCCAUUUCAAGACAUUUUAAAAACGGAAGUUGAGUGGAAGAUUUUCAGUGCAAAACACAUUACAAAUCUUCCACUCAACUUCCACUUUCUUAAACUACCAAAAAAUGAUUGAAAAUAAGAAUAAAUGGCAAGAAUUUUGUUUACAAAGCACUAAAAAUGACUUUUUUUCAGAAUCCAAAUGCGAUUCGGCCGAUCUUCAUCACAGACUUCAAGAAUCCCUUCAAACAAGGCCGAGUACUGUACGUUGACGAAGACGACCGGUCGUCGUCCGGAGUCUACACAGAUGACCGUCGUUCUUUGAGUCGGCAGCAUUAUGCGGAUGAAGAUGAAUCUCAAUAUCAUUAUCAACCUUUAGUGUAA